UGCCUUGACCUUUCAACUAUAGGUCACUGACCCGUAGAGGGAUCUGGAGAAAGUAAAAGUAGAGGUUUAAACUGUUGUGAGCAACUUUACCUGUUUUAAGGGCUAGUAUGGCGGGGCGACGGGCACUUCACUUUGUUUUCAAAGUCGGAGACCGCAACACCACGGCAAAAUUCUACAGAGACAUACUGGGCAUGAAGGUUCUUAGGCAUGAGGAGUUUGAAGAAGGUUGCAAGGCUUCCUGCAAUGGCCCAUAUGACGGCAGGUGGAGUAAGACUAUGGUUGGGUACGGUCCAGAGGACAACCACUUUGUGGUGGAGCUGACCUACAACUAUGGUCUCAGCACCUACAAACUGGGAAAUGACUUUCUGGGACUGACAAUCAAGUCCAAAACUGCGAUAGAGAAUGCCAAGAAGCACAACUGGCCAAUCACAGAGGAGGAGACGGGUCGCUACAUGACCCAGGCCCCAGGAGGGUACAAGUUUUACCUGCUGAACGAGGACCAGCCAAGUACAGACCCAGUGCAGAAAGUUACGCUAGCUUCUUCCGACUUACAGAAGUCUGUGGACUACUGGUCCACACUGUGUGGUAUGAAACUGUACAACAAUGAUGGGAAGAUGGCUACCUUAGGGUAUGGUGACAGUCAGUGCAAACUUGAACUCCAGGAUGUUGCAGGAAAGGUGGACCAUGCCACGGCAUUCGGGAGGAUAGCUUUCUCCUGUCCCCGGACACAGCUUCCCGAAAUUGAGGGAAAGAUAAAAUCAGAGGGUCAGACCAUCUUGACCCCACUGGUCAGUCUGGACACUCCAGGGAAAGCCACUGUGGAAGUGGUCAUUCUGGCUGACCCAGAUGGCCAUGAGAUCUGUUUUGUUGGAGACGAGGCCUUCAGAGAACUGUCUCAGGUGGACCCUAAGUCUGACCAGCUCCUUACUGAUGCCAUGGCAGCAGACAAAAGUGAUGAAUGGUUUGCAAAACACAACAAACAAAAGGCUUCAGCAUAAACAUUGGGGAGUGAAGCUCCAUCUUCAGACUGAAGUUUUCCAAGCUUGUAAGAGUAAUCUGAUGAUAAAGACGUAUUUGUCAAGGCUGUGUAUACUAUGCAUAUUCUUAAGUCUUGGAGAUGAUGUUAUAGAGUUAAUGACCCGCCCUGAGGUGUAUAAGGUGACAUGAUUCAUGGCUAGUCCCGGCCUAUAAUAACUGAAGGAAGCGACCAAGUCUGCGUGGCAUAAACAAGCCUUGGGCCUGGCAUGCAAGAAUGACAGCACUGUACAUAUUGAUCUGACUCUGAAAAAUAGAACAAGCUUAAGGUUUUGUAUCUCAUGUACAAAUGUAUUUAAUGCGGUGUUACCUUAACUUGUUUACUUUUACCUGACAGCUUUUCGAUUAGGAGAUCCUUACACAUUCUGGGCAAGCAAAGAACACAUAAGAUUUAAGGUACGACUAUCGAAAGAGUACCCCCGUUUGUGAUCAGCCAGACACAUGAGACGAUGGUGGGACGAAUGUAACCACGCCAUUACAUUCUGCUAUACUGACUGGUGCGAACCACCAUGGACGGAACAAUAUCUGCUAGUCUUGUACAGCCUGUGUGGAAAUAGAUGGUGAUGAAACAAAUCAUAAGUGGUAACGAAAGAAAAUAAAUCAAAUGUACUAUUAGUGUCAACUGCAAGAAAUCCUGUCUUAAGCACACCUUAGAAUGCGCAAAAAUAUUUUUCAUGAUUGUUUGUAUGAACGCAUACCUUUCCCAUGCUUUCCGUGUGUUUGAAGAUCAGACUUCGUGCAUUGUUUGUGUCUCGCUAAAAAGCGAGCUCUUGUUUUCUUUUAAUACAUUUACUACAUAGAUG